AACAGUUUUAGUUAUUCCUAGUCUUGGCCCUCUCUUGGUAUCACUAGCAAGUAGGAGUAUCUUCGAAAGAAAGCUCGAACACCUAGCUACGUACGUACGUAGUGCCUUUCCCGCCGAACCCUGAUCAAAAUGCCACGGUGCUCACGCGCUUGGUUCCCGCUGCUUCUUGUCGCGUCUGCCCUUGUGCAGAGCUCGAACGGGUCGAGACCGUCUCCUCCGGAGCCGCAGAAGCCCGAGGCCGUAUCUUCGGUGGUUCACGGCGCCGCCGGACCGCGCCGCCGUGACGACGGGGCGCCCGAAGUCCAGCCCUCCACGGAGAAGGGUGCGGCCGGUCAUCAUGGAGCGAGCGCUGGCGAUGGUGGCGCGGUUGCAGCUUCGGCGAUGGGCGACAGUGCUGGUGUGUCGUCAGAGCAGAGGAAGGGUUCAGGGGCGCCGGUGCUGCAGCAGGCGCUGAAGGUGGCGCGGCGGGUGCUGGGAGGGGAGGCGGUGGACUCGGCUUGUCACUCGCUUGGUAAAAGAGCCAGUGCUCACAAGUCACAGCCAUCGUCGAAAGAAAGCUCACCGCCAACACCUGGCUACGCUACGUAG